CACGUGAUUGCAUCUGUUGACGAUUGUAUCUGGAUUUGCACAAUGAAUUCGGCCUUUCACUGUGUCUGGUGCAAUGUCAUCGCCUCCCUAACUGGCGUUUACUGAGUAAAAAUACACACAUUCACAGCCUAACGAAUGCAACCUCGGGUGUUAAGUCGAAAGUAAACGGAGAGGACAUGUAAAGCCAUCGUUUUAAAAAGGAGGAAUUGUAUACGCUGACUAAGGAGAACCCAUGAAGUUCACAUAUCGAGCCUUUCUUUUAUAAGGUCCUGUUGUAGUUCUGGUCUGUAUCCAGUCUCCUCUCUAAAUGGCGAUAGCACGCCAGUUUGGAUUACUCUUGUGGAAGAACUACCUUCAGCAGAAGCGUCAGAUCCUGGUGACUCUAGUGGAGAUCGCCCUGCCACUGCUCUUCUCGGGCAUCCUCAUCGUGCUGCGCGAGAACGUGCCUUUCAAGGACUACCCCAAUGCCACGCUCUACCAGAGCUUCUCUGUGGAUGGCCUGCAGUACCCACUGGACAACUACCAUCACUACCAGUUGGCCUACGUGCCGGGCAAUGCCAGUGUGGUGCGGCGGGUGGCGGAGGACGUGCAGCGCAGCCUGGCACCCGUCAUCAGUUCAGUGCAUGGGUUUGAGACAGAGGAGCAGUUUGAGGACUUUGUGAGGAAGGACCCUCAGUCUCGGAAGGUUCUGGCUGCUGUGGUGUUUGAGCACUCCUUCACUCACGAUGAUGAGCCACUGCCCCAACAGGUCAGCUACCACCUGCGGUUCAGCUUUAGUCCCCGUAAUGCCCCGGCCAAGGAGAAGUCUGAGCUAAACAUCAACAAUGACUUUGACUGGCACACCCUCAACUUGUUCCCCCUCUUCCAACUGCCCGGGCCCAGGGAGCAGUACGACCUCCAGGGGGGGACGCCUGGUUACUUCCGCGAGGGCUUCCUGGCAGUGCAGCAUGCGGUCAACAAGGCCAUCAUGCGUUCCUAUAACAGCACAGGAGCAGCCUGGCUCUUCUCCCAGACCCGGGUGGUCCUCCGCCGAUUCCCCUUCCCGCCGUUCAUCUACGACGUGUUCAUCCUGGCCAUCCAGAACCAGCUGCCCCUCCUCCUGGUGCUGAGCCUCACCUAUACCUCUCUGAACAUCGUGAGGGCCGUGGUGCAGGAGAAGGAGAGGAAGCUCAAGGAGUACAUGCGGAUGAUGGGCCUCAGUAACUGGCUGCACUGGACGGCCUGGUUCCUCAUGUUCUUCCUCUUCCUCGCCAUCUCCAUGUUCUUCGUCACGCUGCUCUUCUGCAUCAAGGUGAGCCCUAAUGGAGCUGUGUUGACCUAUAGUGACCCCACCCUGGUCUUUGUCUUCCUGCUUGUCUUUGCCGUGGCAACCAUCAACUUCAGCUUCAUGAUCAGUGCCUUCUUCUCAAGAGCCAAUGUGGCGGCGGCGGCUGGCGGCUUCAUCUACUUCCUGUCCUACCUGCCGUACGUGUUCCUAUGGCCUCGCUACGACCUGCUUAGCCACGCCCAGAAGGUGUCUGCCUGCCUCAUCUCCAAUGUGGCCAUGGCCAUGGGAGCGCAGCUACUAGGCAUGUUUGAGGGCAAAGGCACGGGGAUCCAGUGGUGUAACCUGUUUGAGUCGGUGACGGUGGACGAUGACUUCUCCCUGGCCCAGGUGCUGGGGCUGCUGCUGCUGGAUGCCCUGCUCUAUGGCCUGGUGGCCUGGUACGUGGAGGCUGUGUUCCCAGGGGAGUACGGAGUCCCUCUGCCCUGCUACUUCUUCCUACUGCCGUCCUACUGGUGCAGCAGCCCCCGCAUGGCCAUGGUGAAGGAAGAGGAAGACGUGGAGAAGGCUCUGAAGGGAGAGUUCAUCGAGGAGGAGCCAGCCGGACUGGUCUCAGGAGUCAAGAUCAAACACCUGAACAAGGAGUUCAAAGUGGGUAACAAGACGCGGCAGGCUGUCAAGGAUCUGACAGUGAACAUGUUCGAGGGCCAGAUCACAGUUCUGCUGGGGCACAACGGAGCCGGGAAGACCACCACACUGUCCAUGCUGACAGGUCUGUUUCCUCCCAGCAGUGGCAGGGCCUACAUUAAUGGCUAUGACAUCUGUCAGGACAUGGCUCUGAUUCGCCACAGCCUGGGCCUGUGUCCGCAGCACGACGUGCUCUUUGACAACCUCACUGUCCAGGAGCACCUGCUAUUCUACACACAGCUGAAGGGGUAUUCCCAGGAGAAGAUUCCAGCUGAGGUGGACCGGAUCAUCAGGAUUCUGAACCUGGAGGACAAGCGACAUUCCCACUCCAAGACCCUGUCAGGUGGGAUGAAGAGGAAACUAUCCAUUGGCAUCGGCCUCAUCGGAGACUCCAAGGUGGUGAUGUUGGAUGAGCCCACGUCGGGCAUGGACCCAUCAGCGAGGCGGGCCACCUGGGACCUGCUCCAGGGCGAGAAGCGCGGGCGCACCAUCCUGCUGACUACGCACUUCAUGGACGAGGCCGACCUGCUGGGGGACCGUAUAGUCAUCAUGGCUGGGGGAGAGCUGCAGUGCUGCGGCUCUCCGCUGUUUCUCAAGAACAAAUACGGUGCUGGCUACCACAUGGUGAUUGUGAAGGAUGCACUGUGCAACGUGUCUGAGAUCACACGGCUGGUCCACAUGUACGUUCCCAAUGCCACGCUGGAGAGCAGUGCUGGGGCUGAGCUCUCAUACAUUCUGCCCAAAGAGAGCACCAACCGGUUUGAGCUGCUGUUUGCAGAGCUGGAGAUGAACAGAGAGGAGCUGGGCAUCGCCAGCUAUGGAGCCUCUGUCACCACCAUGGAGGAGGUCUUCCUCAGAGUGGGGAAGCUGGUGGAUUCUAGCCUGGACAUCCAGGCCAUCCAGCUUCCCCCGCUGCAGUACCAACACGAGAGACGCUCCCACGACUGGACCAUGGACGACACCAGCAGCUACAGCGGCAUGACGGACGUCACCGACUUCACUGACAGCGGCACGCUCAUCUCCGAGGACUGCUCUAACAUCAAGCUCAACACCGGGGCCAGACUGUACAUGCAGCAGUUCUAUGCCAUGUUCCUGAAGCGGGCGCUCUAUAGCUGGAGGAACUGGAAGGUGAUUGUGGCCCAGUUCCUGGUGCCCCUGGUGUUCACCGUGCUGGCCUUGGUGGUGGCAAAGACCCUCCCCGGGCGCCACGACUCACCGCAGCUGAGGCUGGCACUGGGCCGCUACGGCCCCACCACCGUGCCCGUGGCCCUGGAGCCCGGCAGGGGACCGCUGGCAAUCACCCUGGCACAGGUGUAUUCUUCACAAUUGGCCGCCCAGCAAGCCCAGGACGUCAAUAUUAGGGACUUCACGGAGUACGUGCUCACCAAGACCGAGGAGGAGGGCGGGGCAUUCAACGAGCGCUGCGUGGUGGGUGCAUCAUUCAGAGGCGGCACGGGGAAGUUUGCCGAGGUCACGGCCUACUUCAAUAACCAGGGCUACCACACGGCCGCUACAGCCCUGAUGAUGGUGGACAACACCCUGUUCAAAAUGCUGGCCGGGCCCAACGCAUCGAUUAUGACUGGAAACAUGCCCAUGCCCCGCAACGUCUCCGAGAGCGCCCAGAGUCAGCUGACGGAAGGUCAGACGGGCUUUGCCAUCGCCAUCAACCUGAUGUAUGGCAUGGCAUCCCUGUCCAGUACCUUCGCCCUGCUCCUGGUCACAGAGCGUUCACUCAAGUCCAAGCACGUACAGCAGGUCAGCGGCGUCUACCUCUCCAACUUCUGGUUCUCUGCACUGCUCUGGGACCUGGUCAACUUCUUCCUGCCCUGCAUGCUCAUGCUGGUGGUGUUCCGGGCGUUUGGGGUCAAGGCCUUCGUAGCAGACAACCACCUGGUUGACGUGUUAUUACUCCUGCUGCUAUAUGGCUGGGCCGUCAUCCCCCUCAUGUACCUGCUCAGCUUCCUGUUCUCCACCGCUGCCACCGCCUACACCCGCCUCACCAUCUUCAACAUCAUCAGCGGCACCGCCACCUUCCUCACCGUCACCAUCAUGACCAUCCCAGAGCUAUAUCUACAGGACCUGUCUCGUAACCUGGACAAGGUGUUCCUGCUCUUCCCUAACUACUGCCUGGGCAUGUCCUUCAGCCAGUUCUACCAGAACUACCAGUUCAUCACCUUCUGCACCCCCAACCCCGUGACCAUGGCCUUCUGCCGUGCCUUCAACAUCACGUACCAGGAGAACUACUUCUCCAUGUCGGAGCCGGGGGUGGGGCGUUUCCUGGUGGCCCUGUCCCUGCAGGGUGUAGUCUUCAUCACCCUCCUCUUCAUCAUCGAGAUGCAGUGUGUCAAAACCCUCCGCCGCUUCCUCACCCACCUCGCCAGCAGACGUAAACAGUUGCCUCUGAUGGGGGAUGCGGCCCUACUGCCGGAGGACAGGGACGUAGCGGAGGAGAGGAAGAGGGUUCUGGAGUGUCAGCCCAUAGUAGAAUCUAUGGUGGGGAGCCCACUCAUUCUGCAGGACCUCAGCAAGGUAUACAGCAGUGGAGAAACAGUACUGGCGGUAGACAGACUCUCUCUAGCAGUGGGGAAAGGAGAGUGUUUUGGCCUGCUGGGUUUCAAUGGAGCAGGGAAGACCACCACCUUCAAGAUGCUCACCGGGGACGAGACUGUCACCUCUGGCGAUGCCUACAUUGACGGCUACAGCAUUCUGAGGGAUGUCAAGAAGGUACAGCAGCGGAUUGGCUAUUGCCCGCAGUUCGACGCUGUCCUGGAUCACAUGACAGGAAGAGAAACGCUGAGCAUGUAUGCUAGGCUCCGGGGGAUACCCGAGAAAUACGUGUCAGGCUGCGUGGAGAACGUGCUACGGUCCUUACUACUGGAGCCCCAUGCUGACAAACUGUGCCGCAGCUACAGUGGGGGCAAUAAGAGGAAGCUGAGUGCGGCUGUGGCUCUGAUUGGUGGACCCCCGGUCAUCUUCCUGGACGAGCCAUCCACUGGCAUGGACCCGGUUGCUAGGCGACUGCUGUGGGACGCUGUGACGCGCACCCGAGAGUCUGGAAAGGCCAUCAUCAUCACCUCUCACAGUAUGGAGGAAUGCGAGGCCCUGUGUACCCGGCUGGCUGUGAUGGUGAACGGUCAGUUUAAGUGUCUGGGCAGUCCCCAGCACCUGAAGAGUAAGUUUGGCAGCGGCUACACACUACUGGCUAAAAUACGAGUGCACAAGGAGGUGGAGGAUAGCGACCUGCAACUCUUCAAGGACUUCAUUGAGAGCACCUUCCCAGGAAGUCUACUAACAGAUGAACACCAGGGCAUGGUGCACUACCACUUAACUGACAAGACUCUUACCUGGGCACAGGUGUUUGGCACCCUGGAGGCAGCCAAAGAGAAGUACAACAUCGACGACUACGCUGUGAGCCAGAUCUCCUUGGAACAGGUGUUCCUCAGCUUCGCCCAGUUCCAGCACUGCAGCAGGAAAUAGAUACAGCGAGGAGGAGCUCCAUCUCUCUCUGUUUCUCUCUCUUUCUGUCUGUCCAUCCGUCGUGUGUAUCUCUCCACUCUGUGUGGCUGACCUGUGUACAUGGGCUCGACUAUGUGACGCGCCACUGAGCUAUGAUCAGGUCUUGAUCUACAUACACACAGACAGACACUGUGCAGUGAUGGAGCAGAGUUUGAAUCCUUGGACACCCGGUCUUCAAUGUGGCCGUGUUACCCCAGCUCCCUCUAACCCCGCUGGGAUUGGACCGCCAACCAGACUGGACCUGUUGAUCCAAGCCUGGGUCUUAACCAUCAACCACUCCUUUCUCUUCUGUUCAAUCAGUUUGUGUGUUGGACAUUUAGGUCAGUACAGAGGCAAGGUUAGGGAGUUCGGGGGGGGGGGGGUCUGCUAUCCGACCAAGUAAGAAAUCUUAGAUGUUACACCUUUUUUGUCUUUGACUUUUAAAGACCAUGUAUACAACUGGAUACCACUGGAUAUGAUGGUCUACUCUGUAUAAUACAACCCAGACUUGUGAAUGUGUGACAGGCAGGGUUGUGAAUGUGUGACAGGCAGGGUUGUGAAUGUGUGACAGGCAGGGUUGUGAAUGUGUGACAGGCAGGGUUGUGAAUGUGUGACAGGUGUGACAGGGUUGUGAAUGUGUGACAGGCAGGGUUGUGAAUGUGUGACAGGCAGGGUUGUGAAUGUGUGACAGGCAGGGUUGUGAAUGUGUGACAGGCAGGGUUGUGAAUGUGUGACAGGCAGGGUUGUGAAUGUGUGACAGGCAGGGUUGUGAAUGUGUGACAGGCAGGGUUGUGAAUGUGUGACAGGCAGGGUUGUGAAUGUGUGACAGGCAGGGUUGUGAAUGUGUGACAGGCAGGGUUGUGAAUGUGUGACAGGCAGGGUUGUGAAUGUGUGACAGGCAGGGUUGUGAAUGUGUGACAG